GGGCAGUACAGUCAGGGCGUUGUUGAUUGUUGAUGGGACAGCGGGACCUUGGUGAGGGAGGGAGGGAGGGAGGGCGUUUGAGGGAGGGCGUGUAAUUCUUCCACAAAGCGGAUCGCUAUGACGACAGGGAUGCUUAAGCAAUUGGUCGGAUCUGGCGUGCCAAGCAAGUGAAUACGAUCAGGAAGUAGUCGACCUGCCUGCCUGCCCGGAGGGGGGCGGAGCUUGGUCUCUACCCUGAGUGGGUUUUCGAGGAGGCACAGGAGGGAGGAUGGAACCCUCGGACCGCGGUCGUCGUGGAAUGGGCGCGUCGGGAUCCGAUGCGGGUAAGGGGAAAUCCAAAAGUGCGGCACGUGGAGGSGUAAGGACAYUGUCUGAUCUCGGCCGGGACCGGGAUGGCUCCGAUAGCGAUUCCGACAGGCCUCAGGAGUAUUAUACUGGGGGCGAGAAGAGUGGUAUGAUGGUACAGGAUCCGACCAAUCGCGAUAGCGUGGACUCCAUUUUCAAUCGAGCACGUCAGCUCGGCGCGCUCGAAGCCGCCGAUAUGCCGCAACGGCCGACGAAUGCAGGGAGAAGAUCUUUUGCAGGCGUCGGUCGGACGUUGACAGGCGACCCACGGCCAGAGCAACCGAGGGCUGAUCCUCGUCAGCCUCCGGAACCUGUAAUGCAUACAAUCACGUUUUGGAGGAACGGAUUCACGGUUGACGACGGUCCACUUCGCACUCUCAGCGAUCCCGCGAAUCGGCCAUUUCUUGAGAGCAUUGAGAAGGGUCAAUGUCCCCAUGAGCUUGAACCAUCGGAUAGGAGGGUUCAGGUCUCUGUUGAUCUUGUGCAGAGAUCUUCAGAAGAUUGGAAGCCGCCUCCGGAGCCGAAGUACAGGGCAUUUGGAGGGACAGGAAGAACGCUUGGGAGCAGCUCCGUGGAAAGUCAAUCUGUUCCUUCUUAUUUGGCGGCACCUUCGGCGUCAUCGGCUGGAGGAAGCAACACUCCUGCCGCUGGGCUUGUCAUUGACGAUUCCAAGCCUAUCACCUCCAUCCAGCUUCGUCUUCUCGACGGGACUCGCAUGGUUGCUCGAUUCAAUCACCACCAUACGGUCGGGGAUAUUCGGCGGUUCAUUGAUGCAGCCAGACCGGGUGGCUCUCAGACCAAUUACCAUCUUCAGGCAAUGGGCUUCCCACCCAAAAUAUUGUCAGACCCAUCGCAGACUGUGAAGGAUGCUCAAUUGGUUAAUUCUGUUGUGAUUCAGAAAGCAUGAUGAUGACGAGUCUAGGCCGACGGCGCUGCUAAACGUUUCUGAAUUAUAUGUUGGUGAGUCGUAAUUCGCGAUUGUCUUCGAUUCCUUAGUGUGUGUAUCUGUCUUGGGUUGAGAAGCGAUUAACUUUUCUAGACGGAAGAUGGGAGGGGGUGGCGAUAACUUUCUCGAUGGGAAAUGGGAGCGGGCGCGUUGGCAAAUAUGUCGGGUGCGGAAUUGAGUUGUUUGUUGUGUACGAGCUGUGUGUGCUGUGUGUUUGUGGUCCGAUCUCGUCUCAAUAAGUCUUGGUCGAAACUGGAGGGUGUACUCGCACUGUGACACAUUUUUAAGAGAAUGUGGUCAUGAUUUCAGUCAGAUGCAUCUGGGAAAAGUCUGUGCUCCACAACGUCCUGUUUGGAGCGGUGCAAACCAAGGGGUAGGACCAUCAGUUGUCAAUGUCCAAAUUCAUAACUACUCCCCACUGGUCAUGAGGCAGGUUCCUGUGGGGCGUAGGAUGUUAAUUCCUAAAAGAACAAAGUACUUGGAUUCGUCGAAGGUUUUCAUUGUGCUACUCUUGCAUGUGGGGUGUUCUUUUUAUGCGUAUGUUGCUGACCAUGUGCAGGUGAAUAUGGGAGCCAUAUAAUAGAACAACGAUCAUUGGCCUGUAAUAUUAAAGUGUGGGGAUGGGUAAAAGAAAGGGGUGAUGGGGCAGAGAAGGGGAGAGAGAGAGAGAGAGAGAGAGAGAGAGAGAGAGAGAGAGAGAGAGAGAGAGAGAGAGAGAGAGAGAGAGAGAGAGAGAGAGGGAGAGAAAGAGAGAGAGAGAGAGAGAGAGAGAGAGAGAGAGAGAGAGAGAGAGAGAGAGAGAGAGAGAGAGAGAGAGAGAGAGUUUUGGGAGGAAGGCAGACAAGGAUGUGGCAAGGAUAUGCAGAUUGUGUGUGUUGAUGGUUGGGAUACUUCAGCGAUCGAGUGAUUCUGGUAUCAUUAGAAUUGUUUCUGAAGUUCCAAAGGGAUUUCAUUGUUUUAAACUUUAAAGUUCAUCGUUCAAACUUUUCGAGUUAUUUCCCUGUAGCAUGUGAUUUUAGGGCUUGGGUGAUGAACUGUUCUCCAUGUUAUGAAUGUCACAAAGUCAGUGACUAAGACAGUUUUUGUCUGUAGGCCUGCUGCAAAAUUGUUAUAGUGGCAUACAAGGACUCGGGGCAUCUGUUAAAAUUGGAACGAUACUGAGAAAGAAGAUUAGUAUGGCAUUGCGCAAGGAUGACACACACAAAUUGAGAAAUGGUGCAAAUUCG